UCCAGUUUUAAAGAGCCUUUUUCUCCCCUCAUGAGAAAUACCAGAAAAAACACAAGGUCUGUAAGCACAGCCCUGCUUGGUUCUCACUGGUGAGAAACUCCUCCCUGGAUCACAUGUAAGAAGGAGGGAAAGGUUCAGGAUGGGCCAUCGCAUCAUGAUAGAGAUUAUUUUAUUUAAUCAGGACAAGCCGAGCUAUCUUUGAAUGGACCUUGGCGCUUCCUGCAGAUAAUCUAGGUUGAGCACUCAGCUCCAUAAUGGCUGACUGGGACUAUGACUACCUGAUCAAGCUGCUGGCUUUGGGGGACUCUGGGGUGGGAAAGACAACUUUCCUCUACAGGUACACUGACAAUAAGUUCAACCGCAAGUUCACAACCACAGUGGGCAUUGACUUUAGGGAAAAGAGAGUGACAUACACAGGGAUGGGUGUUGAUGGGACAACUGAGAAGAACUUUAAAGUCCACCUUCAACUUUGGGAUACAGCAGGACAAGAGAGGUUCCGCAGUCUCACUACAGCUUUCUUUAGAGACGCCAUGGGCUUCCUGCUGAUGUUUGACUUGACCAAUCAGCAAAGUUUCCUCAAUGUCAGAAACUGGAUGAGUCAGCUACAGGCCAACGCAUACUGUGAUAGUCCAGACAUCGUGCUGGUGGGCACCAAGGCUGACCUCCGUGAUAUGAGGGACGUUCAUGCCAGACAGGCCAGAGAUCUGGCAGAUAGAUAUGGCAUCCCUUACUUUGAGACAAGUGCAGUGACUGGUGUGGAUGUGGACCGGGCUGUGACAACCCUGCUGGACCUGGUGAUGAAAAGGAUGGAGCAGAGCAGUUAUGUGGGCCCGAACUCUGAACCUAACGGCAGCCCUGCCACCAGCCAUGAAGAGGAAGUAGUGCCUGCUCGGAGGAGGUGCGCCUGUUAAUGUCAUCGCUACAGGCCUGAAUUAACAAAGCAUUGUUAUAAUGCUACUGUGGUCUGGAGUUUGAUGAGAAUGCCAGAAGAUUGAAGAAAAAUACUUAUGAUCCAUUCCUAAGAAAAGUAAUACUUAAACCUGGCCCAAUUACUGUUGGUAUUUACUUUAUGGAAUUUUAUUUAUUCAAAGCCUGUGCAUUGUUAAGUGUAAAGGAGAGAGGAAAAAGUCUUCAAAUUUCUGAAGAUUGUAUAUAGUAUCUGAAUAUCUGUAUUGUUGUAAAAACUGGGAAGUUUUGAAGACGAGUUAUUUCUUCAGAAAGGAAGUCAAUCACGGUCAAAUGGGUCAAAUCAGAGAAAAAUACAGUUUUAUUUGACACAUUAGGCAUGAUGGAAGAAAUAUGCAGGCACAUAACAUAUAUUUAUCAUGAAGUAUAAUCAAAAACAUUUAAGACAUGGUUACAUUUCUUAUAUGUAUGAUCAGUUUUGUUAGAACAACCAAGAUAGCCAAGUUCAUUACAUGAUUUAUGACUUUUAUACGAUAUGUACAUAAGCAGCCAAGCUUUUUUAUGCAUUAUGGAACAUAGAUGCCAUGCAGAUUGAACAGGAACAAGAAUGUUAAAGGGCUGUUGAAAGGACUUGUGUAUGGCGCUGCAUUUGGAAUAAAAACUCUUUAUGGUCAUGUAUGUCACUCUCUUAUCAUAAAGAUAUAAUGCAGAAAAAGCUAUGCUGUUGUUAUGACUGGAAUUACAAUCCUCACAGACUUUGUUAGCAUUGUUAUUGUAUACACACACUCAAAACAUUCAAAAAUUAAAAGAUGAGUCUUAGGGAAUGUCUUUCACACUCAUCAGCAUCAACAGGUUAUUCAAACUACUUAAUCUAUGGCAGGACAUUCAUGGAGUCAUAAAUAGGUUCUACCACAGUACUUUGGCACUUGCCAAAAAUGCAAGAUUGAAAUGAUUUUUGUGCCACAAAGUGAUAUUCAACAUUAAAUUCAACAUCAAAAAAGGGAUACUAUACUUAAUCUACUAUUAUAUUGUUUGACAAACAUACAGCCAAAUAAAUCUGUAUGAAGCUAAAGUGGCAUUUCUCCUCUUGAACAGAUGAUCUUUGGUGUACAGACAAAACAUUCCUCAUGAAGAGACUAUAGAAAUGAUCAUAAACAACACAUCUAUGACAAAUAAAACAUGGCCUAGACUUCAUGCUAUUCAGGCUUCUUAAUAGGAUAUGUGUUUUUAUGGCUGUAGUGGGGGCGGCUCUGGAGACAAUACACAAAAGUUAACAGUCAAACAAAGUUUAGUGUUGCUUUGAGGAAGGGCCAAAAUUAAAUGUUCUGAAUUGCCCCAAGAAGGCAGACAAAAUGUAAUUCUUUGUGUAGUAAAGGGCGGUAAGGAAAUGCCUGCCACAUUAAUUCUGAGUGAGUAUAGAAGCACUACAAAUGUAAGUGUGAAUGACUGCAUUGCUCUGUGAGUUUAACUCAAUGCAAGAAUUUACAACAAGGAGCACAUGUUGCAGGGUCAUGAGAUGGUCAUGUGGCCAGCUUUCAGCGAUUGGGCCCAGUCCUGAACCCCACGUCCACCUCUUAAAUUCAGUCUGGCUUAUCUAGGAGGACUGUUUCUUUAAAACCCAAGAUUAUCUACAUUUACAAAAAAUAAAGCUUGUUCAUUUAUUAGUUGAUCUGUAGAGGUUUGGUCCCAUGUGGAAUAUAGCAGUAGGUUUUAUUUUUGAGCCUUCAAACAUUUCAUACAAAGACAUUGGUGAUACUCUUAAGGAAAAAACCACCAGGAAUACAAACAAUAGCAAAGAACUAAAUUAUUCCCUCGAAACAUCGUCAAAAAGGUUGUAAAAAACUAGCCUAAAAGAUUUGUUAGUGCCUUGCAUGCAAUGCCAUUAAAAUGGAUCAUGCUCUUUAUACAAGAUGCAGCAAGUCAUUCAGUAUAACGUUCAUUGAUUUCUCUGUUGUAGGUCACAAUACUUUUGAUGUGGGUACAUGAUGAGUAGGCUAAAUAACUUAUCCUAUCAAGAAAAGCUUGUUUAUAAAUAUUUCAGUUCUUAAUUAUUUUUGUAAUUAAAAUGAUGGCACACUUCAGUACAUACGUUGGUGGGGACUAUUUAAGGAAAUUAUCCAAAAGGGUGUUUUCCUGUUGUUUUUAACCCUGCCUCAAUGGAAGUAGCAGCUGUUUACAAAUUUCACACUUUACUGGAGUAUUUAACUCUAAAGUUAGACCCUUAAUAAAUUAAAACAGGUUUCAACAGAAUAAAGCUCUUAGUAAAGUUUAUCCCUUAAAAAAAAAAAAAAAAAAAAAAAGGUGUAACGGUAGCUAGUUGUACCAAUAGGCAAAGCUUGUCUAGCUAGCUUAACUUAACUAAUAAACAUACUGUUUACUUUAAGGGGAAAGGAUUAGAGAAUAUUCUGUUGACAUGACUGAACUGUGUAAAAAUAUAGGUUUAAAGAUUUUAAAUUGGGCUUUAUAAGACUAAGCUUUUCACUUCAUUUACAAAACGCAAAUUGGCCAGCCAAAUUGUCAAACUAUAUCAGUAAAGAUAGCAGGGCCGUUUCUAGCUUUGUGAGGGCCCUAUGCAAGAUGGUGUUUGGGGGCCCCUAACUCGCCAAACAAUGAUGGAGAGAUUCUUAAUCCAUUAGAUGAUCUACAAACAUGCCACAAUCCAUUACAUUUAACAGGUAAAACAGACGAUAGUCAUGAUAACCUCUCAUAUUAAAUUAUUUAUGGUCUUGACCUGUAAAAUUUAUAUAUAGCAUAGUUUACAUUACACUUAGUUCAGUUUGUGAUAUCAUGGUUCUUUUGAAUAAAGCAAAGUACAACUUCAAAAACCUAACUCAGCUGUAUGAAUGGGCAGGAUUGUUCAAAUUAGCAAACUGUAUUGUCACAAUAAAUAUCUAUAAACUUACAAAAGUAAGGAAAUUUUGUUUGGUAGAUUAUUUCUUUGUUGUAACAACACUGAC